GAGAGAUGGUGGGGUAUGACCCCCGGGCUCAGGAUGCAGCUCCUACCCCACAUGAAGCAGCCAUCGCAGGUUCAGCUGCUGGCAUGGCCACCAGAGUUCUCAUCAGCCCUUUUGAUGUCAUUAAAAUAAGAUUUCAGCUGCAGAUAGAGCCUGUAUCUUCGCGGAGGCCCAUGGGGAAAUAUUGGGGAAUACUUCAGGCAACUCUGCGCAUUUACUCAGAGGAGGGUCUCUCUGCUUUCUGGAAGGGUCACGCUCCAGCCCAGCUCCUCUCCAUCUGCUAUGGGGCUGUCCAGUUUGUGAGCUUUGAGUUUCUGACCAAAAUGGUUCACAAGUCGACACCGUAUGAUAGUCAGACAUCAGGAGUUCACUUUGUGUGUGGCGGCUUGGCAGCCUGCUCAGCUACAAUGGCCUGCCAGCCUCUGGACACACUGAGGACACGCUUUGCUGCUCAGGGAGAACCCAAGGUGUACAAAAACUUGCGGUACGCCGUGUCCACAAUGUGGCGUUCAGAGGGACCAUGGACAUUUUACCGUGGCCUCUCUCCAACCCUGUUGGCAGUGUUUCCUUAUGCUGGACUGCAGUUCUUCUUCUACAAUGUCUUUAAAAAGAUGUUGUCUCCCUCAUCUAAAGCUGGGGACUCAGGAGGAACCAUGAUCAGCCUGAUUUGUGGCAGCGGAGCAGGAAUGAUCAGCAAAACGAUGACAUAUCCAUGUGACUUGUUCAAAAAGAGGCUGCAGGUGGGGGGCUUUGAGAAAGCCAGGGUUCACUUUGGAAAGGUGCAGAGCUACAGCGGUCUGAGAGACUGCGUGUUUCAAGUCGCCAAAGAGGAGGGCUUGCGAGGAUUCUUCAAAGGCCUCUCGCCCAGCCUCUUGAAGGCUGCCCUGUCAACAGGCUUCACGUUUUUCUGGUAUGAGUUUUUCCUCGACGUCAUGUGUAGCAUUAGGGAGAAACGGAAAAUGAACAACCUCACCAAAGAUGGAGGAGAUGGACAGUGAACAAAGUGAUGCAGAUGAGGCAAUCACGCACAAUUCAAGCGCACCUAACGUGUUGUUGCACUGAACAGAUUUCUGAACUAGAACAAAGCCAACCCAGUCAGUACUGGGUU